GAAGAUAUUAAUCCGUUUGCACAGGUUGAGCAAGCACCUCCGCGACCUUCCUCAAAACCUGCAGUAGCUCCAGCGCCAGCAGUGAAUCCUGUCUUAAGUAACGAUGAGCUAUUUCGACGUCAAGAAGAACUGGAGCGAAAAGCCCAAGAAUUGCGACGGAGAGAACAAGAAUUGGAGCGACAGCAAAGAACUGGUCGCAGUGGGUCCGCAGGAGAUGCGCGACCCCAUAACUGGCCACCAAUUCCAUCAUUUAUUCCAAUUCAGCCAUGUUUUUAUCAGGAUAUUGAAGUGGAGAUUCCUGUACAAUUUCAACGCACAGUUACUUUAGUUUAUUACGUUUUUUUGUGUUAUACGCUUGCUUUGGCGAUCAACGUUCUUGCUUCCUUUUUUUACGUUAUUUUUGGUAGUGGGCCUAUCGGCAUAUUGAUUCUAGCGAUCAUACAGAUUUUGCUGCUUUCGUCUUGCUCGUUUCUAUUCUGGUUCCGCCCAGUGUAUAAGGCAUUCAGGAAUGACAGUUCAUUCAAUUUCAUGAUCUUCUUUUUUGUCCUGUUCUUUCAUUCACUGUUCACACUCGUACAGGCUCUUGGCGUUUCUCAAUAUGCUUGCGGUUGGAUUAAUGGUAUUAACACAUUUAAUCAGAGCAUUUUCGCGUCAUUUCUAAUGAUUAUUUCGGCAAUCGCAUUCACGGGAUCAUUUGUGGGAAUGGUUUUCGCCCUAAUUAGAGUACAUCGCUAUUAUCGCGGUGCUGGUUUUAGCUUGGAUAAGGCAUGCAAAGAAUUUUCGGACGGUGUUAUGGCCGAUCGCAAUGUUCGGCAGGCAUCUAAAGCAGCAGCAACAGCUGCCACGACACAUGCUGUUAACCAGACACUGCAAGGCGGACGAUAUUAA